AUGGAGGCCAAAGACAAAGGUAAGGUAGUUGGGAAGGUUUUUACCAUACAAAUUCCAGAUCCAAUUCAAGUGAAACCUAUUCUGACAACUUCAACAACAAAAGGAAAAAGAAAAGGUGUUCAUGUGGAGCCAUCUGAAGAAGAGAAGAAGAAACUUCAAGAUCUUGAAAUAGAGAAAAUGAAACAGCUUAACAAUACAAGGAGACUAACAGCAAAUGACCCACCCAGUCUUAACAAAGGAGAUCCAAAUAAAGUGUGGUGUUAUGAAGCAAUUGAGAAUAUAGCUUAUGGCAAAGUUGAUGUGUUUAGAAAACGACCAAAGAGAAACUAUCACAUCAGAAAUGUAGACUUUAAUCAAUUGGACUUUUCAUUCAAUCAUUUGAUGUUUAUAUUUGCUCAGUUUAAGCUUGCUGAAAAUUUUCAUAAUUCAAAGGAGUAUAAGAGUAUGAAGAUUCAAUUUUAG